AUGUUAUUUCUGAUAUUGCUGUUUUCAGCAGCUAAUUUAUCUCUGUGUGAAACAACUUGUAAAGCUCCAAAUGGUACCGAAUCUCAUUUUGUUUGGAUUCCUUGCUCAGAUGGACCGAUAAUAUAUCACAGUUUAACAGUGAUGAAUAAAAAUUAUACUGAGAUAUAUCCGAUAGUUGCUAUAAAACCAUUUAUUAUAUUAGCUAAUAUAACAAAUACUGGUAAACAAUACGAUAAUUUGGAAUCAUCCAUCAAAUUAUACAAAUGGGGUGGAUUGCUCGGUUGCUCAUGGCAUCGAAUUCCAACUUUUGGAAUACUUGAUAAUUUGGUGCAAUGCAACAAAAGCAUUAAAUGUCCAAUAGAAUCUGGUAAACAAGAAUUAUCAGUAUUGUUUGAUCUGAGCGAUAUUCGAUUCUUUCUUCAAAUACUUCCGAAUAAUAUACCCUACAGAAUAGAACUUGAAAUUUUUGAUCAAGAAAAAAAAUUAUCAUCAUGCAUUGAUCUUUGGGCUAUAAUAACAAAUCAGUAG